AUAUUUUUAUUUUAAAUUUUGAAACCUGCGAAGGUGGUUCAGCUACUUUAUAUGGUGAGCUGUUAGCUUCUGAAUUUUCCCUUAGGGGAAAUAAAAUUUUCUCACAAUACAUAAUAUAACAAAAUAUUUUGUUAGUUUAUUGUAUUUGUAUUAUUAAACUAAGCCUGAGAGUAAAGUUGUCAAAUGAAUGAAGUACCACUUGCCUCUUGACUGUAGUGGAGUACAAGUAUAAAGUAGAAGAUAAAAGAUAAGUACAAGUACUUCAAAAUUGUACAUAAGUAUAGUACUUAAUAAAUGCAUUUCCUCAUUUAGCCACUGCUGAGCAGUCGACUUUCAGUCGAUUAUCUAUAGCUUCUUGAAUCCUUGAAUACAUGAAGAAAGAAAUGAGAAAAGUUAUUUUGAAAACAAGAAGUGCUUCUUUCCGGUUAGUUUCGUUUGUCACAGUAACUUCGUGUAGCUUCCAUGGCUGUAUUAAGUCCAGCCAGAGCGGCGCCGCUAGGUAGCUAACUAGCUAGCUAAGAAGACAGCAACUAUUUAAACUUUGUUUUCAUCUUAGGAUCCAACUGCUGCGGGCUUUUCUAAGCUCAGCUGUAAAUGGAAAUAAAUGCUACUUCGUAAUGUCAUUACGUCCUCGAUGAGCUAGUGCAGUCAUCAUAUAAAUAAUAACUUAGGUAACUGGAGUGUUACAAUCUCUGGUUCAUCAGGACGGAGACAGAAACGUUGUGAUUGUUGGUUUUUGCUGAUAAACUAAUCUGGAUUUGCUCAGCUGUAACGUACAGCACAACAGUAACAUGGCAAUCUUCUAACCUUUACUCCUGACGCUUAGAGGUUUCUGGUCAUAGCACCUGCGGCUGAAUUGGAUUUUAUCAACAUUGUAAAGAUCAAGACCACUCUGCUUCGACUUCCUGAUUAUGUGAAACACCGUCAACAGCCUAUUCUCGGAAAUUGCAGAAACAGAAGUCAAGAUGUCCAUCACGAACACACCUACCAGCAAUGAUGCCUGCCUGAGCAUUGUGCACAGCCUGAUGUGUCACAGACAGGGUGGUGAGAGCGAGACGUUUGCCAAACGGGCCAUUGAGAGCCUGGUGAAAAAGCUGAAGGAGAAGAAAGACGAGCUGGAUUCUCUCAUCACAGCUAUCACCACCAAUGGAGCCCAUCCCAGCAAGUGUGUGACCAUUCAGAGGACACUUGAUGGACGGCUGCAGGUGGCAGGACGUAAAGGGUUCCCUCAUGUAAUCUAUGCCCGGUUGUGGCGGUGGCCUGACCUGCAUAAGAAUGAGCUCAAACACGUCAAAUACUGCCAGUUUGCCUUUGACCUCAAGUGUGACAAUGUUUGUGUCAACCCUUAUCACUAUGAGAGAGUGGUGUCUCCUGGCAUAGAUUUGUCAGCACUUACACUGACCCCUUCUGCACCCAGCUCGGCAAUGAUAGUUAAGGAUGAGUAUGAUUUUGAUGGACCACAGAAUCUGCCCUCCAUCGAAGGAGGGCACUCCAUCCAGACCAUCCAGCAUCCCCCAUCUGGCAGCCGCUCAGCCCCCUCAGAAUCAUUUGUGACCCCUAACUUGCUCCCACCUGCUGAGGCCUCCACCUCUGCCUCAACAUCAUCCUUCAAUGCCAUCGCCGCGGGAUCAGGCAGUGCCAGCUCAACCUGGUCAAGGAAUAGCAGCUUCACCCCCAACAUACCCCACCACACCAACGGUCAUCUACAGCACCACCCUCCUAUGCCACAUCCAGCACAUUAUUGGCCUGUGCAUAAUGAACUUGCCUUUCAGCCUCCUAUAUCCAAUCAUCCAGCCCCUGACUACUGGUGCUCCAUUGCCUAUUUUGAGAUGGAUGUUCAAGUCGGAGAGACGUUUAAGGUGCCCUCCUCUUGCCCCAUAGUUACAGUGGACGGAUAUGUCGACCCCUCAGGAGGAGACAGGUUCUGUUUGGGCCAGCUCAGUAAUGUACAUCGCACUGAGGCUAUUGAGAGAGCAAGGCUUCACAUUGGCAAAGGGGUUCAGCUUGAGUGUAAAGGCGAGGGAGACGUGUGGGUGCGAUGCCUCAGCGACCACGCCGUGUUUGUUCAGAGUUACUACCUGGACAGAGAGGCGGGCCGAGCCCCUGGAGACGCUGUUCACAAAAUCUACCCCAGUGCUUACAUCAAGGUGUUUGAUCUUCGUCAGUGCCACAGACAGAUGCAACAGCAAGCUGCUACAGCUCAAGCAGCAGCUGCAGCCCAAGCAGCUGCUGUGGCUGGAAAUAUACCCGGACCCGGAUCAGUGGGAGGGAUAGCCCCGGCCAUUAGUCUGUCAGCGGCAGCCGGUAUCGGGGUAGAUGACCUCCGGAGGCUGUGCAUUCUCAGGAUGAGUUUUGUUAAGGGCUGGGGGCCCGACUACCCCCGCCAGAGCAUCAAGGAGACCCCCUGCUGGAUCGAGAUCCACCUGCACAGAGCUCUGCAGUUACUGGACGAGGUUCUGCACACUAUGCCUAUAGCAGACCCACAACCUCUGGACUGAGAUCUUCAAAGGAGCAGCAUCACACUGCAACAUGCAGCAGAAAUGAAAGUCUUCCUAAGUGAACUGUUUUGCAUGGAGAAGCCAGUGGAACAGGAACUGAAGCUGCUCCACAUGGAAAAAAAAAGGUGUGUUUCGAAGCACCCUUGUGCACUGUGGCCUCUGCUUUUAUUUUUUAAGAAAGGGUGACACUAAAAUGAGCCAAAGCCAUAUAUUAAAGAUAUGUUAUUCUAUGUUUUUGAUAGAUGGCUUUGCUUUAUGAUGACUGGAAUGAUGGAAUGUAGGACUGGAAAGAAAAAUCACACACAUCUACAGUUACAAAACAUCACAACAUGUACAUAGAUGACCUGCAGAUCCCAUUGAAACCAGAAUGCGUCCCGGUGGAGUGUAUGACCAACGACUGACAGACACUCGACUUGCUGAACCUUACAAAGAUGUCGGAGUGCUGUUCAUCUGUGGGAUGGCAUGCUGUGUGAAGAGGCUCUCAUACCCAGCACUAGAGUACUACUGGUUUUCUUUGGUGUCAAAUUUCAUUCAAGCUGUUAACAGGGAGAUGACUUCCUGGAAAGACAAGUAAGUUCAGUCAACCUGUUUUGCUGAGUAGAAAAGCAGCAGCACUCUGAACGGCGAGGAUCACUGCUGGAGAGGAUCCGGGACCACAGAGCUGGAUCCUUUCAUGCGGGACAUUCAUGCUAUCCACAGAUAUCUCAGAGAAUGAAAUGAUAUGCACCAAGCCUAAAGCCAACUCUCAACCUCUGAACUGAAGCAAGAUCGAGUCAAUGGACUGUUCUAGGUCAGGUAUUGUCAGACUACGGGUUUGGGCCUUGAAAACAUUGAGGCUUGGUUGGUGUCUGCUGACAAGACCCCUUCCCACAAGUUUGGACUAAAGGUGAAGCCCCUAGUUGAGGUUUAGGACCAGAUGAUGGUGUCCUCCUCCAUGUGUCACAGCUACACUAAUGUAGUUUUUUUGGGUGGUGUCGUGACAUGACAUACAAAGUUGAAUUACCUUUUUAAGACACAACGGUUCAGAUUUCACUGAGUUACUGUGAUUGUGACUGUGAACAGUUCACUCAAAUAACCACAGAUGAUGACAAGAUGCUCAUAUUAGUCAUCAUUCAUGACUGGUCACUUCCCACCUUGGUCGCCCACCCAUCUGAUUCAGGUAUGUUUUGGAGAACGCCCUCUUUUAUGCUGCCGCAAAGGAUGAAUCUCAAACGCCUCCUGCAAACUGUUUGCCUUCUCUUACUUUAAUGCUGGGAGAAAAAUAGGAAACAGCUUUUGGUUCAGGAGGAUUGAAUUAAGAAAGCAGAGACGAGGCAGAUAGUUGGUGUUAGAUGUCCGAGAUUUAAUCCCAGUACAAUUAACAGGGUUUAUCAAGGUUUUGGCAAACCAAAGUAGUAAUUGCUUAGAGAUGUUCUGUGAGUCUAGCAUGAUUGUGAGUCAGCUGUUGGACUUUGGCCCAGUUUGGUUUUAAUUGUCAAAGUUUAAUGUAAUCAUCACGAUUAUAUCAGUUUUUGUCUCCAAGCAGGGUGCAAAAUUACUUUUUUUUUUUUUUUUUUGUCCACCGACCAAAUGGCUGGUGCUGAUUUUGUGCCCUGUCUCCAAGCAUACCCACAAGUGUCUUCUCUAGGCGAGAAUCAUUGUACUUCCAUAUCUUAUUACUUGCACGCAUUUAUGUACUGCCUGAUCCAGGUCUCUUGUGUAUAGUUUACUGACAAAGAUAAGAGGAGUUUCCCAGCAAUAUUGAUAGAUUUUCUUGGUUUUAUUUUUGUUACUUAUGUUGAUUUGUAUUAUAUUUUUAGCACUUUAAUUGUUUUUUUUUUGUUUUGUUUUAAUCCUGUAACCUUUGAGACGGUUGUCCUGCAAAAUGAAUAAGCGAGUGAGUAGGCAGGCUUUUAUUUUAUGUAGGAUUGUGAGCAGAGGCAACAUUGUGAUGCAUUUGUAUUGAAAACAUGCAACACUCAAGUCACCUUUUUAAAGUCUGCUUUUGCCCUUUCACUUAGUAGGCAUUUAUAUACACAUCUGUAGGGUUUCUUUUGGCUGUUGCAAGGUUGUUGUUUUUUUCUUUUUGAUUGUUUUUUUUCUUUUGUUUUCUUUUUAACCCAUGUAAAUAUCUUUGCUUUUGAAAUGCAUGUCAAUGUUUGCAUGAAUUUUAAUGGAAAAUGGAACCUUUCAUCUCCUACCCCCCUUUUUAAAUAGAGUACUUCACUUGCCCUACAUUGCGCAGGGGAACUGGACUGUCUGAGGAGAGGAGAAAUCAGCACCUGCUGUGUACUCGUGUGUUCUGUGUUGUUGUCAAACAGCAGGAAAGGCACACAGAAGAGAAUCUCGCAGUAAUAACUUCUAUAAAUGAUCCAGUUAUAUGAAACUCAUCAUUUUAGCAGCCAGUGCUGAUAAAGAAGGCAACUUGUCUCCCGAGACUGAAUUUUGUAUUAAUGCAUUAACUCAUCGGUUAUUGGAAUACAAGCGUGAUAUUUUCUCUGUGGCACAUGUGAUAACAGGUGAAGGUAAUUUGAACUGCAGAAAUAGUUUGAUUUCCACAUGCCUCCCCCACUGCAUGAAACACUUUCUGUUACUCUGUUUUUAAAAGCAUUUGUUUUUGAUCACACAUGUUAAUAAGGAAUCAGAUUUCAUUCACUCACAAACAUUUGUUGCUUGGUUAUUUUUCUCACUUAAAACCACCAUAUGGUAUAAUUUUAUUUCUUGGUCAUCUGUUAGCAUGACAAGAAUU